AUGGAGUCAGCAUAUCUUCAAAAGCACCUUGGGACAUGUCUAACUCAAGGUCUUGCAGAAGUGGCAAGAAUUCGCCCAGUGGAUCCAAUAGAAUAUUUAGCAUUGUGGAUUUACAAAUAUAAGGAAAAUGUGACCAUGGAGGAACUGAGACAAAAGGAAAUGGCUGAAUUGGAGCGUGAAAGAGAACUAGCUCAGACGGAGCAGGAAAUGAUGGAGAGGCUGAAAGCAGAGGAGCUUAUCUUCCAACAGCAACAGCUGGACUUCCAGCUGGAGUUGGAAAUGCAAGAAAAAGAGAGACAGAGAAUGGAGGAAAUACAGAGAGCCCAAGAACAAUCAGAGAAGGAGAUGAAAAUGAAGAUGGAAAAUAUAGCUAGAGGUGAAGAUACUUCAUCCCCAAAGGGUACAGCAGCAGAAUCAAACAAGACACUAGCUGAAAUUAGUGACCGAUACGGGGCACCUCACUUGAGCACAGUGGAAGAACUUGAUGAACCAGUGCUCUCUGAUGUUACAUUAAACAUUGAUCAAGAUUUGUAG